UGGAUAUUGAUAUUGAAGGAUGUUCUGCUUUUUGGCAAUCUUUAAAAAAAGAUGUUGUUGUGGAUACUCCAAAUAUGUAUCUAUAAUUAUUUAAUAAGAAUAAAUACUUUUAGGAAAUGUUGUAAUGAUUGGGGAAGACAUAUUUUACGUACUUGGAAAAAUGCUCCAAAAUUAGAUAAAGAAAAUCAAGGCGCAGCAAAACGGGCAGAAAUUGAAACUGAAAUAAUUGAGCCACUCUUUCAUUGUGCAAUAUUUACAAAAAAGCCUUAUUCUCAAAGAUUUCAAUGGAUAAUUGAAGCAUUUCUUGAAGAAGAAAAUCCGAGUAAAAAGCUGAGAGCAAUGUUUUUUCGUUGUACACUUCCUGUUGUUUGGAGAAAUCUUGAGGUGCCAAAUAAUCAAGUCCGAACUGCUGCUUCUUGGAUUGUUCUCAAUUUCUUUCCUUUGCUUUCUGAUGAUGAAUUUGUCAAAGAAGAAUAUUUAAAAAGGCAACAAGAAGCAAUGGAUCGAAUGUUAAUGGACGAUUGUGUUCCUAAUCGUGUUUUUGCUCUCAAAGUGGUGCCUCGCCACUUAUGCGCUCAUUGGGAAAUUUUUCCUCGUGAAUUAAUUAAAGCUUAUUUGUCUAAGAUUGUUGACUGCCUCUCACUCGAUGCUCUACCAGAAGUCCGUGCUGCUGUUUAUGAAGGUAUUGGGAAUUUACUACCUCGUGCUGAUGCUCUUACUGCUACACAACGUUCUUUGGAAAUUCUUGCUAAGCGGGGGACAAAUGAUAAAACAGAAAAAGUUAGAUUGGCUGCUUUUCGAAUGUUGAAUAAACUUCAUGGGCAUCGUUAUAUUAAGUUGUUGGAUUUAAUCCCAAUGAAUAAUUUAUUGCUUCGUCUCGAUUUUGAGCAUUCAAAAUCGGUGCAACGUGAAAUCGUUCAACUUCUUUUCCGCCCAUUUAUUCCAAAACAUGUCGAUGGUAUCGAUUAUAUGGAACGGUUUAAACGUAUCUUCUUAAUGUGCAAAACAUCAAGAAAUGCCUCUUUCCAUUUACAUCAUUUAAUUUACCCUCAAAAAUUGAUUGGAAUAGAAAUGGCAGUUCAUCAUAUUCGGAGUCUUUUGCUUGGAGUAAAAGCCAUCUUAAAGAAGAGUGCGGGUAUUGAAAAUGGAGGAAAUGAUACAACUGAUGUUUUAAAUAUGUCUAAUAUAUCUGGAAUUUCUUCAAUGAUGGAGGAAGUACAACAAAAGAAUGGAGGCGGUGGAGAUAUUGAUGAACAAACAAAAUUACGAGUAACAAAAGAUGUUUUGGAUUCAUCAAUUGUUCUUUGGAUGGCUAUUCGUUAUGAUUUAUUUAAUUCAAAAAAUGCGAAAUAUAAUUUAGAAAUGAUUCGAAUGAUGUCAAGUAUUUUAGAUACUCUCAAUCAAUUUCCAGAUGAUUCUGCAAUAAUGGAUUCUGCUUUAGUUAUUGCAAGUCAGUUGCCUAAAGACAAGGUUGGACGAAUGUUUCUUCGUAUUAAGAACAAAAUUGAAGAAGACAAUGUAAAUCAGCAACAUUUUCUUCAUUAUGUUGAGGCACUUGCAGCUUGGGAUAUGAACAAAUUAAUUUCAAUUAUAGAAAUUGGUCUACGAAAACUUCGAAAUGCCCUUGUUGCAAUUACUGAUCCAUCGGCACUUUCUGCUACUCCAUUGAGCUCUCGUCGCCGAUUGGAGACUAAUCCAUAUAGAGAAUCACCUCCUUCCAAACGAGUUAAAGUAAAUGAAAACGUUGUUGGAGAAUUUCUACGUCCAUUAGAAUUAAUUCAAACUUUAAUUUCAAGUCCUUUGGCAAGUGAAGAAUUAAAAACAAAUUUUACCGUUCAUCUAGAUGGAUUUUUUGAGGAGCCGUCUCGUAGAGAGGAAAUUAAUGAAGCAGAGCUUAAUUUGCCUACAAAUGAUAGAUUACUGUAUAAUGAAUUAAAAUGGUUUGCAGAUGUCGUUAAAGAAACGAGACCGACAUUUAAUGUUAUGAAAAUGUUUUUGAGAUGUGUUGAUUUACAUUUAAUUGCUGGCCAAUUAUCUUAUUUAAUUUUAAAUGAAACUGCUAAUAUGUUUAUUAAAUUAAAAGAAAUUUUGGAGGAUAUUUAUAAUGCUGGUCCAGUAGAAAUUGCUCUUAGAAAGAGUGUGGCAUGUCUGAAAGAAGCCUUACUGAAUUGUGACGAUCGUGAACAAGCCAAUAAAAUUAUUCAAAAUAAAAUUGAUCCACUUUUGGAUUAUUUGGAGGAAACGACUUUGGUAGAAGAAAUUGAUGAACAGCAACAAAAUGAGAGAGGUGAAAGAAGUGAUGAUGAAUAA